AUGUCGUUCUCUGCCUUGGGCACCAAGAUCUUCACCUUCAUGAACCAGCGAUGCAGCCUCAUCUACGACACCAAGACGGCCGCAAUGACGAUUGGCGCCCAUGCCCCUGCUGACAUGGUCUGUGGCUUCGGCAUCACCGUGGUCGUUGAUGAGAUGCUCUAUGCAUUAUCUUACCAUUUCGACAAGAAACAACACUCCUUUGGGGUCAUGUCAUGGGGGUCCACCGCCCCGGAUGCGCUGCAACAACCAACCGAGGGCUGGUCCUGGAAGACUCUGCCGCCACCACCGCCAACGUUCCACCGCCGCGUCAACUCCUAUGCACUACACCCGGAUGGAUGCACCAUCUUUAUGUCCACGGCUAACUUCAUGACCGCACCUAGCAAAGGUUGCAUGGGCACCUACUCAUUCAACACCAAGGAUUCUGUGUGGAGAUGGCAUGGGGAGUGGGGAUUGCCAUUCAUUGAAGAAGCUCACUUUGACAGGGAGCUCAAUGCUUGGGUUGGCCUUAGGUGGGAUGGCUACAUCUCUGCUUGCCAAGUUGCCUCUCCCAGCUUCCACAGCACGACUCCAACGUUGCAGCUGGACUGCCAGACAACCAAGGAGAAGUUGUUCUGCAAGGACCGGCAGAUGCACAUGAGAGCCUCUCUCACCUACAUGGGCACGAGCAAGUUCUGCCUCGUCGAGUGCGUGAAACGGGAGGGAGUGGAGGAGGGACAGGCUCUCGGAGACCAUGAUGGCUGUGUGCUCCAUAUCACCAUAUUUGGGCUCAAGUACAAUCACAAGGGAGAGCUGCGGAUCACAGAUCACCGCUCCACGCGCUCCUUCAUAGUGUCUAGUCAUAAAGAUCAUUUUGGUCCUGUAGCAUUUUGGAUGUAG